UGCAUCGCUGCUGCGGCCCCACCACUCAAUCCAGAGAAACGCCGGCAGUCUGAAAAGUACUGUACCCCCAGCCUUCGCCGUGUGAAGCCUCCAUGCCAUGGUAGGGAGCCGGAAAUCGCGAGCCUCGGGCCCGCCACCGCCAUCGGCGACCCUUGUGCUCGACAAUGGAGCCGACACAAUCAAGGCUGGGAUCGUGUCUGGUGACAAGAUUAGUUCGCCGCGGAUCGUUCCCAACUGCAUCGCGCGAGACCGUCACAAGAAGACCUAUGUCGGAUCCGAGCUGGAAAAGUGCAGAGACUUUGGCGAGGUAGCAUUUCGGCGCCCGGUGGAAAAGGGGUAUAUCGUGAGCUGGGAGGCGCAAAAGGAGAUAUGGGACCGCGAGUUCUUUGACGACAAGGCGCCCCAGCGUUGCGACCCUUCCGACACCCGGUUGGUCCUCGCCGAGCAGCCGAACAGCCUUCCAGCACUCCAGACAAACUGCGACCAGAUGGUAUUCGAGGAGUUUGGGUUUGCUAGCUACUAUCGUGGCAUUGGCCCCGCGUUUAAUGCCUACCAAGACAUCCAAGCGAUCUUCCACACGCCGCGGACGCCGGAAACCCCGGUGGACGUACCGGCCGAAGUCUUGCUCGUGAUCGACUCCGGAUAUUCACACACAACUGUUACUCCCGUCGUUCAAGGGAGACCGUUACAGCAGGCCAUCCGGAGGCUGGACGUUGGUGGAAAGCUGAUGACCAACUACCUCACCCGCCUGCUAUCCGUCCGCCAUUUUGACAUGCGGAACGAGACUUACAUCGUGAACGAGAUGAAGGAGGCUGUGUGCUACGUUUCCCUGGAUUUCAAGGGCGACCUCGAGAAGACGUGGAAGGGAACGCGCGGCGAGCGGCGGGAGGACUACCUGAGCGGUGCCGGCAUCGCAAAAGAUUACGUCCUCCCGGAUUCCCACACCACCUUCCACGGAAUCGUUAGGGAUUACGAGCCGGGCGUUUCCGCCCGCGCCCGCAAGGCCGCGGUGUCAACCGAGGACGUUCUGACCUUGCGUAACGAGCGUUUUGUUGUCCCCGAGUUAUUGUUCAACCCUCCCGACAUUGGAUUGCGGCAACCCGGGCUGGCAGAUGUGGUGAUGCAGUCGCUGUCAGUGCUGCCGAUCGGUUUGUGGCCGGGGUUGCUCGCCAACAUUGUGGUGGUUGGGGGGAACGCCAGGUUCGAGAACUUCAUCCAGCGGCUGCAGAUGGAACUGCUACAACGCGUCCCGGAUGAGUGUGUCGUUCGAGUUGCGCGCCCGGAGGACCCUGUCGUCAGUACCUGGCUGGGAGCGGCCAACUUCGCCAGACACGAGCAUGUCGAAAGGCUAGCCGUUACCAAACAGGAGUACGAGGAGCAUGGGGCCGGAUGGGUUGCCCGAAAGUUCGCCGGCGGUCUUGGGGUGGACACAUGACGCUGCAAAGCACGAAGCCUGCUCGCAGCUCCUCCCCCUUCUAUGGAUGCACCCAUCACUGAGAGCUCCGGGAUCUGACCCUGCCAGAGAAGACUUCGCCUUGUGCUAGCUGACAGUUAUUGGCCGAUGACUAUGGCUGCUGUCUCCUUCAUGCUUCGUUCAGCAAAAAAAUACCUCCUGGUCGAUGACAUGCUUGGCAGGGGCAAAAGCGUCUCUACGCCAGCGAUUCCCCAGGCUCUAACGCCCUGAUUUGGCGAUCU